AUGAAGAUCUGCGAGGUGACAGAGGACGUUCAAGACUGGGAAAAUCAUCUAGUACUACGUGUCCCUAAUGAUGUCGCUUCGAGGGUCGAUGCGAUGCUUGUGGAUAAUCAUGGAAAGGAGGUUGAUGACCUCGCGAUCCAGUUCACCUCUACGGAUAUGCGACACGCGAAUGUCCGCAUCGGCACUCAUAUCAUGAGUGCAAAAAUCUAUGACUUGCCCUGUGUAACAGAGGUCAUGAAAACACUGGACAAGAAGACCCUUUACAAGGUUGCUGACCUCUCCCAGAUAGUUGUCUGCAGUCACGACCUGUGCGCAGUACCUGCCGAAGCUGUUAAACUGGGCAGUAAAAAGGAACUGAAACAGUGGCAAUAUCCUCACGGUCUCACACCGCCGAUGAAAAGUGUGCGCCAAAGACGUUUCCGUAAGACGAAGAAGAAGAAAUAUAUGGAAGCACCUGAGGUGGAACGUGAGCUGAAACGUCUUCUUCGAGCUGAUCUGGAAGCCGAAUCAUUUCGUUGGGAGAUAGUACAAGCUGACGAUAAACGCAAGGAUACAACGAUUUCCGAGCAGACUUUGUUUGGCGAUAAAGUCAGCAGUAGCGAGGACGAUGUUGAGGACCUGCCGCAAGUUGAGAAAGAUGAAUAA